CCUCCUUAGGCUUGGUCUUCUUCCACUUCCCUACGACCUUUAUCGCGAUAGACAUCUCGAAACGACUAUUUGCCCACCAUGUCUAUAAUGCAAUACAAUGGAGGUUCGGUGGUGGCGAUGGUCGGGAAAGACUGUGUCGCCAUUGCGUCUGAUCUGAGGCUCGGAAAUCAAGCACUUACUGUGGCGACUAACUUCGAGAAGGUGUUCCCUGUGACGGAUCGGAUAUAUUUGGGCCUUCCAGGACUGGCUACGGAUGUGACUACACUGCGAGAACGUUUCCGCUUCCGCGUAAACAUGUAUACUAUCAAAGAGUCGCGCGAAAUCCAACCCUCCACCUUCGCCCACCUCGUCUCAUCAACCCUCUACGAACACCGUUUCGGCCCCUAUUUCAUCGAACCCGUCAUCGCAGGACUUGAGCGUCUACCGACUUCCACAGACGAAGAGCCGAAAUUCGAGCCUUUCAUCGCUGCGACUGACUUGAUCGGGUGCUUGAACUUCGCGAAAGAUUUCGUCGUGGCGGGGACGGCAAGCGACAAGUUAUUUGGUUGUGCGGAGGGGUUAUGGGAGGAGGAUAUGAACCCGGAGGAAUUGUUUGAGUGCAUCAGUCAGACGCUGUUGAACGCAGUGGACAGAGAUGCGUAUUCGGGUUGGGGAGCUGUGGUUCAUGUUAUCACGAAAGACAAGGUGGUAACACGUAUGUUGAAGGGACGCAUGGACUAAUCGACCAGAUUGGCUGGCAGGAUAACAAAUGUCCGUCGUGGUUGUCGUUUCAUUCUUGUUGUAAUAGCAUCCAUUUCUCUCGCUUCAUCGUGCUUUCCUCGUGCUAUCCUUCUGCCUGUACGAUCAACGCUUUCGAAGGACGGACACAGACUAGACUUAUUUCACCGACCGGUCGCGCUGUUCACGCUCUCCCGAGACCUACCAGUAUGCAUUUGGACCCACAGUUCUCGGCGUUGUCCAAUGCUUGUAGAAUGUCGCAGAACGAAGUGUACU